AUGAAGCUUUCCAUCAUCGCCUCCAUCGUCUCCAGCGCCGGGAUUGUUGCUGCCGCUGCUGUUGCGGCUCCGUCUUCUGCCACCUGCGUUGCCUAUGAUGGCAUUUGCUUCCUGAACGGCAUAGACUACGGCGCCUGCUGUGACGACGGCAUCUGCGCCGGCUCCCGCUGCCGUGACCCCAAGACCCUGAUCCCGGCGGAGCCCACGGCCACCCCUGAGCCUACCUGUGUUCCCUACAACGGCAUAUGUUUCCUGAACGGCAUAGACUACGGCGCUUGCUGCGACGACGGCAUCUGCGCCGGCUCCCGCUGCCGCGACCCCAAGACCUUGACUCCAGUUGAGCCCACGCCCACUGCUGAGCCUAGCUGCGUCCCCUACGACGGCGUCUGCUUCCAGGGUGGCAUAGACUAUGGCGCCUGCUGCGACGACGGUAUCUGCGCUGGCAGCCGCUGCCGCGACCCCAAGACUCUCGGCGCCGAACCUACGGCGCAAGCCGAUUCUUGA